AUGUCGACGUCUGUGGAGGCGACCGGCUUCGUCAUGUGCAUUGUCAGCUGGCUUAUCACCGGAGCAUCACUGGCUAACGACUACUGGAAAAUCUCCACCGUGUCGGGAAGCGUCAUCAUCUCCCAGAGGCAGUUUGAGAACCUGUGGCACUCCUGCGCCGAGAACAGUGCUGGCAUUGCUGAGUGUCGAGAUUUCGAGUCACUGCUCUCUCUGCCUGGCCACGUGCAGGCGUGUCGGGCACUGAUGAUCGUGUCCCUGCUGCUGGGCCUGGCCUCCAUGAUCAUCUCCCUGCUCGGACUCAAGUGCAUCAAGAUCGGCUCGGCCAGCGACACGUCCAAGGCCAAGAUCGCCGGCACCGGAGGCAUCCUCAGCAUUCUCGCUGGUCUUUGCUGCAUGAUCGCAUGCUCCUGGUACGCCAGCAGUGUGGUGCAGGACUUCUACAACCCACUAUACGUCGGUGUCAAGUUUGAGCUGGGUGUGGGCCUCUACCUGGGAUGGGGGGGUGCCUGUCUGGCCAUAUUGGGAGGUGGCUUGCUUUGCUCCGCCUGCAGGAGGGCCUCGGCUGGCGGGAAGAAAGGCGGUUUCUAUGGAAACAGUCAACCGCAAAAAGUGUACAAGCCUACAGCAAAAUCAGAGGCGGAGUCAGCCAGAGCUUACGUCUGA